AUGGUGGUUCUACCAAUGAAAAGAGAAAGAGAAGGAGAAUUUGAUAUAACAACCAUGGCGAAUUACUUGAUGUUGUUUUCACGUCAAGAAAAUCAUUUUAAUACGAUGGUGAACAAUUCUCCUUCUCGAGUUUUUGAGUGCAAGACUUGCAAUAGACAAUUUCCUUCAUUUCAAGCACUUGGUGGUCAUCGAGCAAGUCAUAAGAAGCCAAGACUAAUGGGAGAAUUGAAUUUUCAUUUGCCAACUUCACCACCUAAGCCAAAAACACAUGAGUGUUCAAUUUGUGGACUUGAAUUUCCUAUAGGACAAGCUUUAGGUGGACAUAUGAGAAGGCAUAGAGGUAUGUUGAAUGAAAAUAAUAAUAAUAGUAAUAAUAAUAUUCAAGUUCCUCAUCAUGAUGUUGUGAAGAAAUCAUCAAAUAAUCCAAGAGUUUUGUGUUUGGAUUUGAACUUGACACCAUUGGAAAAUGAUUUAGAGUUCAAGUUGAAGAAGGCAAAUACUUUAGUUGAUUGCUUUUUGUGAUCAAUGAAUAAUAUUGGACCAGAUCACGAAUCUAGGAUAGGUUCUAUGAGUUCAAAUUAUCAAUUCAUCAUUUACACAUAUCCUGAACUCACUGAUUCUAGGUUCUGAAUUCAUAUCGAUAUAUAUAUAUUGCACAUAUAUCAAAAUCCCAUCUAGACAUCUAGACGUUUGAUUAUUAGUUUUUUUUUUCUAUUCUAUUUUCUUCUUAUGUAUUUUGUACUAGAUAUGGAUUUAUUUGUUCGUUUAUAUAAGGGAUCUAGGACCUUAGCCCUUGUAGAUGUAAUAUAUAGUACCAUAUUUAAUUAGUGUAAUUAAUAUAUACUUGAUGAUUGUUUUACAUUA